AUGUAUGGCCGAGCUCUAUCAUGUGCGCUCCUCUCUCCCACAACAAGAUGCACCAUCCCGCAGUUGAUUCGAUACUUCGCGAGAACCGCUGCGGCCGGUGCGCAGCAGGAUGUCACGACUGCACAACUUCCAGAAAUCUCACAGUAUUUUCAGAAAGCGCUGCCCCACCAGGAAGUUUACGACUUAUCCCUGAACAACCCUUCGGCCUUCUGGGGCUCGCUCGCCCGAACCAGGCUCAGUUGGUACAGGGAUUUCGAUGACGUCAUCGACUGCGACAUGACGAAGGCAAAGCUGAAAUGGUUUAUAAACGGGAAACUCAACGUUUCAGUGAAUUGUGUUGAUCGCCACUAUAUGAAGACACCGGACAAGGUGGCGAUAAUAUGGGAGAAGGACGAGCCGGGCCAGCAAGAGAAUGUGUCAUACAAACAGUUGUACGAGAUGAUGAACCAGCUUGCAAACACGCUCAAGUCACAUGGCGUUCGCCGUGGUGACCGCGUCUGCAUCUACAUGCCGAUGACGCCGCUCGCCGUGGCCGCCAUGUUGGCGUGCGCUCGCAUUGGCGCCAUCCACAGUGUCGUGUUUGCGGGAUUCAGCGCGGACGCGCUAACGAGCAGGAUCAAUGACGCCAAGGCGGAGACUGUGAUCACGGCGGACCAGGUGCUGCGAGGGGGUAAGGCCAUCGAUCUGAAGAGCACGGUCGAUCGCGCCGUCCUCGACUGUCCGUGCGUGCGGCAGGUGUUUGUCGCACAACGAACGGGGGCGCCGGUGUCCAUGGGCCAAAUGGACAUGCCGCUCGAAUCCGAGAUGGCGAAGCAGUCGACAGAGUGUGAGCCUGAGGUGAUGGGCAGCGAGGAUUACCUCUUCAUGCUCUACACGUCCGGCAGCACGGGACAGCCGAAGGGUAUCGCUCACACGCAGGCUGGCUACCUGCUGUAUGCAGCCAUCACACACCAGACCGUGUUUGACUACCGUGAGGGAGACAUCUAUGCAUGUGUGGCUGAUAUAGGCUGGAUCACGGGCCACACGUACGUGCUGUAUGGGCCUCUAUGCAAUGGAGCCACCACCGUCCUGUUUGAGAGUAUUCCCACCUACCCCGACCCAGGUCGGUACUGGGAGAUGGUGGAGCGUCUGCGAGUGAACCAGUUUUACGGCUCGCCGACCGCCAUUCGACUGCUGCUGAAGUACGGAGACUCGUGGGUGACACGCUAUGACCGUUCAUCGUUGCGGGUCCUUGGCACAGUUGGGGAACCGAUAAACACUGAGGCGUGGGAGUGGUAUCACAACGUCGUCGGCAACGGGAAGUGCGACAUCGUCGACACCUGGUGGCAGACAGAGACCGGCGGAAUCUGUAUUGCGCCAAGACCAUCAAGGGUUGCCGCACCUAUUAUACCGGGAGCCGCCAUGCGGCCAAUGUUUGGCAUCGCGCCAGCAAUCGUCUGUCCUGACAGUGGUAAGGAGUUCACGGGUAACGACGUGUAUGGAGCUCUCUGCAUUAAGCUGCCCUGGCCCGGCAUGGCGAGGACAAUUUACGGACACCACAACCGCUACGUCGACACCUACUUCAAACCUUUCCAAGGGUACUACUUCACGGGAGACGGCGCGCACAGAGACAAAGAUGGCUACAUCCACAUCACCGGCGCAUCCGCAUUCGACGAAUGGACGACUGUCUUAUUCAACUCACGGCGUCGUCAUCGUCUCGGCACGGCCGAGAUCGAGGACUCGAUGGACGAGCACGGGGGGAGCGACGUCGCGUGGGCUCCGGCAGGGUGUGCGGGAAUCCCUCACCCGGUCAAGGGCGAAGGUGUGUACGCAUUUGUUACACUCAUGGAAGAUGUGCAGAAGGACACGGAUGAGAUCAUCACUGAGUUGAAGUCAAUGGUGAAGAAACAAAUUGGCAGCUUUGCUGCACCAGAGUGCAUACAGAUCACUCCGGGACUGCCGAAGACUCGCUCGGGUAAGAUCAUGCGCCGCAUCCUGCGCAAGAUCGCGGCUAACCGCGGCGAUGAGCUGGGCGACGUGUCGACCCUCGCCGACCCCAGCGUCGUGCCGAUGCUCAUCGCAAACCACGCCCCGAUUGAGAAGAAGCUGCAGGAGAUGCUGAAGAAGAAGUACACUAACGGCGGGCAAGAGAGGACUAAGCGUAAUAAGGGGGAAGAGUAGCUGGUUUCCAUGAAAAUGGCUUCGCUAGGCCGAUGAGAUAGGCAAAAAAUUCGGUCGGAGUAAGCGGAGAGAGAACAGUAAUGGAGAGAGGCAGCGGGUAGAUAGUUGCUGUAGAGAGAAUGUCAGGUAUAUAUAUAUAUAUAUAUAUAUAUAUGUGUGUGCAUGUGUGUGUAGAUGAUAGUAACUGGUCACAUCCAGUGACUGCAUUCUUAACCUGCGAUGCCUACAUGACAUUACUAACCGUGAAUACAUGCUAAGCAUCCAGCUCAUUAUUGUAGUGGUCGGUCAUAUUUAUAGAUAUUGGUUGGUUAACAUAGUGAUAUAUACAUGCAUUAAAGGCUUCAAUAGAGGCAUAGAUAGUCAAGAGUAGGAUACCUUGAAACCUUGAAACCUUGUUAGAUCAAGUAAAAUGGUAAUCUUGUGCAUUUUUAGCUCAUCUGACAUAGUCAGAUGCAGCUUGUAGAAUCGCAUGAUC